UUGGGCAUCCGCGAUACGCUGUGGAUCGUCGUGCCGCUCACCGUCAUCUACUCCACCAUCCUGGUGGUCGGUGUGCUCGGCAACGUCAUCACCUGCGUGGUGAUAGCGCGCAACAAGUCCAUGCACACCGCCACCAACUACUACCUGUUCAGCCUGGCCGUCUCGGACCUGCUGCUGCUGGUGACAGGUGUUCCACAAGAGAUCUAUUGCUUCUGGUACCGGUACCCGUACCCGUUCAGCGUGCGCGUCUGCAUCAUGACGAACUUUUUCGCCGAAACGGGCGCCAAUGCGACCGUGCUGACAAUAACGGCGUUCACCGUGGAGAGAUACAUUGCGAUUUGCAAGCCGUUUCUUUCGCACACCCUAUCGAGGCUGUCACGGGCGGUCCGGUUUGUGCUGGCCAUCUGGCUGAUUGCGCUGAGCUUGGCAAUUCCGCAGGCACUGUCGGUGCACAUCGAGCAGGAGUACAAAACGUGCACCGUCCGUCACGAGCAGGGCAAGUCGCUGUUCUUCAUCUCGACCGUGGUCGUCUUCAUGCUUCCGAUGAGCAUCAUCACCGUGCUGUACCUGCUCAUCUGGCUGCAGCUGCGCCGCUCGAAGCUGGUCCGCAGCAGUUCCCAGUGGGGCUCCAGCGUGCGCUUGAGGCAUAGCGUGCGGAAGCGACGCUCGCAACGGACAAUCGUUACGCUGCACGGCGAGCGGACGGAAUCGCCGGGUCAUUGCAGCGAGAGCGCUCUGACGAACUCGAUGGCAGAUCCGAAGCCCACGGAAGCCAUCCAGCCGACUCCCUUAUCGCCCGGUGGAACCUCGGAGGCCUCCACACCUGAGCGUCGGGGUCUCCUAGGCGGACAGAAGCGAUACUUCCGGAGGGCACAGACACGGCGUGCCCAUGGGUCCUUCAGUGGUGGAGCCCCCGCUGACGUCACCAUCCCCAAGGCUCACGCUCCCAUCGAGGCGCAACCCUCGGGCGAGUCCGACGACGGUCGAAUCAACUACUCCAACCGCACGGCGUACAACAGCACGCGCCAUGUGGUAAAAAUGUUAGUGGCCGUCGUGAUUGCAUUCUUUCUCUGCUGGGCCCCGUUCCACGCCCAGCGCCUGAUGGCGGUGUACGCCAACGAGCACAACCAGGACGCCACCGUGCGCCGGGCCUUCGACCUGCUAACGUACACGUCCGGCAUACUGUACUUCGUCUCGACCUGCAUCAACCCGGUGCUGUACAACAUCAUGAGCCACAAGUUUCGUGCGGCGUUCCAGGUAAGGGACGAGGGGAAGCCGGUGCACCAGUGUGAAAUGCUGGCCAAUUACUACAACCUCCCACCGAGCCACCCACUAAGAACGGAUCUGUUUUUUAGGAAUGUUUCGCUGCAUUCGGGUGCAAAUAAUUCCUGCUCGACGCAGCGCCUCGUUGCCAGCGUGAGCGUUGUCGGUGUGCGUGGCCGGCCCUCGUUGUCGUCGUCGGAGUGUCCCCGGGCCGGGCAGUUUUCGGGGCGCUCGAGCCGGGGGGAGGAAACCGCAACGGUGGUGUCACCGGACCCGGAACCCGGUAGGCUCCGAUCGUCCGAGUUCGAGCCGGGUGUCGACCGACCGCAAUCCGGCAUCGAACCCGGUAACGAGCCGACCGAAGGCAUGCCAGUCCGGCCGACGGAUUUAUGCUUGACCGGGCGGAACGAACGCCCGGAGCGGCACUGUCGGUUCGGGCCGGCCACCUACAUCUGCCGGUACGACUUCCACUCGCUCCAGGUGCACCACACCGUCCCGGGCCGGCCUCCACCUCCGCCAGCGCCAGAGUCGGAGCUUUCCCGCACCAAGCCGUCCACGCUCGAAGCAUCUGAAGACAAUGAUGGCGCUCCAUAA